AUGUCCCGCGUUUUAAUUUGUACAUCCGGGAUUCAACAUUUACCGGUAAACUUCACUGGCGAGCAACAGAACCAAUUCAGCGAGAGAAUGGAAGUUGGAUUUCUUGCUGAGAAGGCCACUCAACUGACUCGUACGGUGCGCGAUAACGUUGACUCGCUGUUGAGCCAAGUCAACGAUCAACAGCGCGGGUUGAUGUGCGCAUGCGCUUCUGGAUGCGGUGAAUUGGUGAGAGAGACCGAAAUGGACCCUUCUGGUUGGGGUAAAAACAGCAAUAUCGUUCCUGUGCAAAAACAUCAGCUCGAUCAACUUGUGACUGAAGUGAUGCAGAUGAGAGAGUUUCUCCCCAAGGUGUUAGGACCGAGUUAUGUCAAGGGAUUCAUGAAGCUGGCUCGGUGUGAGGAGCAGCUACAACAAUGUCGUGCAGAGCUGCAAGUGGAGAGACUCGAGAAGCAACGGAUAUGCAAGAAGAUGGACAGUCUGAUGACAGAAUAUGAAGUCGACAAAGAAGAAAAAUACAACCUUCAGUGUCAGUUGUCUGAUGUCCGUCAACAGCUCACACAGCAGUCGGAGUUCUGCUCUUCUAUGGGGGCGAGUGUUUGCUCUCUUUUGUGGAGAGUCUCUCGUAUCGAGGACAACGUUGAUGCUAUUCUGUCUGGAUGCACAAUGGAACCAUUCUUGGAUGUUAUAUGUAAAACGUUAGAGAGCUGUGUGAUUGCUUAUCCUAAAGACUUUCCUCCGGAGACGUCUGAUGAAGCACAAUUUGUACUUUCGCUGUGUGGAAUUAUAACCAACAUUGCUGCUUCUGCUUCUGGCAGAGAAUUCCUCUCUUCUGUCUCUCCUGGCAACAGACUCCUUGACAGCUUCAUACAAGCACUCUCUGCGGCACCAAGAGACAAAACAAGCAGCCAAAUGAAAAAUCUCAUACUGAUGGCUCUCUACAACGUCAGUAUUAAUCAGAAGGGAUUGAAAUACCUGAGUAGUAAAAAGAUACUUCCUGUCAUUGGAUGGAUACUUCAAGGUGAAUUGGACUCCGAAGUUGUUAUCAACACAUUAAGACUGGUUCAGUCGAUGACGAUGGAGCCACAAUCAGCAACCAUCACUCUAGAAGCUAUUGAAGCAAUACCUCUAGAACUCCUCGAGAAGCUCUCUCAAGACAGAAACCAAGAAGUGAGUCACAAAGAAUGCAAACUCAUUGACAUACAUAUGACACCUCGAAUGAAUCCUAUCAUAUAUUCUGUUUAGUCUCAAGUGGUUGUCACUCAGUCUGCAUUUCUGUCACUAAAACAGUUGUUUGCAUGCCGUUGUGUCUACCUGCCUGUGUUCUAUUACCUUAUUGUCUACAUUUCGUUUCACUGCACUGCGUCCAAGUUGUUGUACUGCUGUCACCAUCCGUCGCUCUUUCCUGUCCUACUGCU